AAAACAAAGAUAGAGAUCAAAUUGCUAGUUGGAAACUUUUACUAUAUGGUGCUGCCGCAGGAUAUGGAAUGUGGAUACCUGCUUAUCCAAUAGAUGCUGUAAAAAGUAAAAUACAAACGGAUGGCUUUACACCUGAAACAAGACAAUAUAAAGGUUCCAUAGAUUGUUUCGUGAAAGUUUAUAGAAAAGAAGGUGUAAGAGGUUUUUUUAAAGGAUUUGGAACUUGUAUGCUACGUGCUGCACCUGUUAAUGCAUCUACUUUCUUGGCCUAUGAAUUUGCUAUGAGAUCUAUUGAAAAAUUUUAA